AUGGAGAUAAUACCGGUUUCAUGGAGCGACCAGCCCAACCCAAUCCCCAACCUCCGCACCCGAACAUUCUUCAUAACUGACCAUCCUCUCGACGAGCAAAUCCUCAAAACCGGUCUAGAUAAGCUGAUCAGGAAUUACUGGAAAAAGUUAGGCGCGCGUAUUUUCCCAUCGCGUGGAGAUACGCACCUGGAGUACCAUUUAUCUCAUGUUUUCCCAGAUGGCUACGAGCUCUUCAAAUGGUCAUCCGUCAACGCCGGGUAUCCAUAUGGUGAAACUUAUGAAUUAUCCAAGAUUCUGCAUCCAGGCGAUUGUGUAGCCUUUUUACCAAACAUGGAGACUAUAGACGCGCGACUGAGACCAAAAGAUUGGCCAUAUGAACGAAAAGACGAGCCGCCCAAUUCACGGUUGUUGUAUAUCCAUUUAACCAAGUUUUCGGAUGGGGCUGCUCUUGCGAUGAGUGUUCCGCAUGUCUUUGCUGAUCAAGGCGGAUUGGCCAAUAUCGUCAGGGCUUGGCUUACUGUUAUCGAGGGAAAAUUACCGCCGGAGAUGACGGGGUACAAGGAUGAUGUGUUGGGAGGCGAAAAGCUCUCCAACGUUGAUGUCAAACAGAGUGAACGGAUCGGACGGAUGCGCAUCCGCAGCAAGAAAGACCAGGCGUUGGUGAUUGGAAGAAUUGCUCUUGACUUGCUGAAAGAUAAGAAAGAGGAGUCUAGACUCGUUUUUCUGCCGAUACAGGUAGUACAGAGUUUAAGAGACAAGGCCAAAGAGCGUUUAGAUGGUAAGCACGUUUUGACGAGUCAGAUCAGCAACGGUGAUAUCAUCACCGCUAUCUUAACAAAGCUUGCCAGAAUCACUUACAACCUCAAGUACAAGAUUUCGCUUUCCUCAACCAUCAACUAUCGCAUCCCCGAGCUUCACAGUGAGACAGGUGAAGGGUAUGUUCAUAAUGCAGUCCAUUACGCCACAAGCAACUUCACAAUAAAGCCUUCGACAGAGCUAGACAAAAUUGCUCUCCAGAACCGCAUAGCCGUAACAAAAGCCCUAGAGGAAUCGAACAUCAAAGCUAAAGUUAGCACUCUCCGAGAGAUUGCCAAGGCAAAUCAAGUCAUGCUUAUCUGCGAACCUCACCAUAAACUCUACAGCUCUUCAAAUUGGAGUGGUUCAUGGCAGGGCAUUGACUUUACAAAGGCUGCGCCCAAGUCAUAUGACUUGUCAAGCCAUAGGAAAGAUAUGGUUAUUCUUGGGCAGAGCAAGACACUCAAAGCGCCAAUGAGAUAUAAGUGUGCUGCCGUGCCAAGUGAAGGUUUCUGGUGCGACUUUGCAGCUCCAGCCAAGACUAUGGCUUUAGUCGAGAAGUUCUUUAGAUAG